AAUAGUAAAAAAAAAAAAAAAAAAACAGACUCAGAAUCAUCGUCGUCUUCUACAUUUCUCCGGAAUCAUAUCCGGGAAUCCGAAUAUCCGUGUUAACCCAAAAUCAACUGAUCUCGAUUGGGAAAAAAUGGAUUCGGAUUCAUGGAGUGGUCGUCUCGCAUCGGCUUCGAGAAGAUACCAGCUCGGUUUCUUGUCUCCAUCUGGAAGACUGUUUAACCAACAAGAGUAUGCUUGCCCCUUCUGCUCUGACUACUUUGAUAUCGUCUCUCUAUGCUGCCAUUUAGACGAAGAUCACCCUAUGGACACAAUUAAUGGGGUAUGUCCCGUAUGUGCGGUGAAAGUGAGCUCUGAUAUGGUUGCUCAUAUAACCCUUCAACAUUCAAAUAUGUUCAAGAUGACUACACGGAAAAGGAAAGCAAGAAGAGGCGGGGCUCAGUCAAUGCUAUCAAUCUUGAAGAGAGAGUUUCCUGAUGGAAAACUUCAGAGCUUGUUCCAAGGAUCAUCACGUGUUGUUGUAUCAUCUUCCUCGUCUAGUAUAAUAGCUGCUGACCCUGUUUCAUUCAUUUCUCCAAUGGCGGCUGUUGAACUCUUCAUUUCUGAGUCAAGUCUUUGUGGAGAAGAAACAGGUUCUACUGCCAAGAAAACAUUGGGUCAGAGUUUGCCUGAACGGAAUGUUGAGAAGACGUUGCUUUCAGAAGAGGAUCACAGAGAAAAGUUGAAACAGAGCGAGUUCGUUCAGGGGGUUUUCAGCUCUAUGAUGCUUGAUGACGAUUUAUGAUGGGAGAGAACAUAACUUCUCUACGGUUAUUAUUAAGAUCAUUCAGCGAUUGGGGAAAAAAAUGUAACGGAGUUUUUGCUUUAGCAACAAGUGAUAUAUGGAAGGGUUUGGGUAUUGCCAGAAUAAUGUUAAGAGAGCUUUGUAUUGAAGAGAGACAUGAAUAAUGAGUAUUAUUAUUAUUCAUUCAUCUUCUUGAACACAUAGUUUCUCUAGUGAA